GGUUUGUUUCCUCUUCUCUCACUUUCUUGCUUCCCAAACAACACUUCCCCUUUCAUUUUCUCUCUUCCACUCCCAAGAAAUAAAGUGUUAUAUAUAUAUAUGUGUGUUUGUGUGUGUGUGUGUGUGUGUGAGAGAGAGAGAGAAAGAGAGAGGGAGAGAGAGUAGAACACAGUAAUAGACUCGAAGACUCCUCUUACUACUGUUACUCAAGCUCUAGGCUUCAUUAUAGCUCCUUUGAGAAAAAAGAGAGAAACUCAAAUGCAGAGAAAUAUGAGUACUAAAAAGUAAAAACUUAUCUGUUUUUCUUUAUCUUUGUAUUUAAAGAAGAAACAGGAGAAGUGAUAUAGUCUAGAUCAUAGGAGGAGGAGGAGGCAAUGGGAGGUAGGUGCUCCAAGUUAUCACUCUGUUGGUGGCCUUCCCAUCUCAAGUCAAACCUCAACUACCCCUCUGAUCUUGAGAAUGAGGAGUUAUUGCCUGGCGGGUUUAGAGAGUACAGUUUGGAGCAGCUAAGAGCUGCCACGUCAGGGUUCAGUUCGGACAACAUAGUAUCAGAGCACGGAGAGAAAGCUCCCAAUGUAGUUUACAGAGGGAAGCUCCAAGAAGAUGAUCGCUGGAUUGCUGUAAAACGUUUUAACAAGUCUGCUUGGCCUGAUUCUCGCCAAUUCCUUGAGGAGGCUAGAGCAGUGGGGCAGUUGAGGAAUGAAAGAUUGGCCAAUUUGAUAGGGUGUUGCUGUGAAGGACAGGAGAGGUUACUUGUUGCUGAGUUUAUGCCCAAUGAGACUCUCUCUAAGCAUCUUUUUCAUUGGGAGAACCAGCCGAUGAAAUGGACAAUGAGGUUGAGAGUGGCUCUUUAUUUAGCUCAAGCUUUGGAUUGCUGCAGUAGUAAAGGAAGAGCCUUGUACCAUGACCUUAAUGCUUAUAGAAUUUUGUUUGACCAGGAUGCUAAUCCGAGGCUCUCCUGCUUUGGCCUGAUGAAGAAUAGCAGAGAUGGAAAGAGCUAUAGUACGAAUUUGGCAUUCACUCCUCCUGAGUACUUGAGAACUGGAAGAGUGACACCAGAGAGUGUGGUUUAUAGCUUUGGCACCCUAUUGCUUGAUCUUCUCAGUGGAAAACACAUCCCCCCAAGCCAUGCACUUGACCUUAUACGCGGAAAAAAUUUUCUGAUGCUGAUGGACUCUUGUUUGGAGGGUCAUUUUUCAAACGAUGAUGGAACUGAACUGGUGCGUUUAGCUUCGCGUUGUUUACAGUAUGAAGCUCGCGAGAGGCCCAAUGCAAAGUCUCUUGUCAGUGCUCUCGCUCCUCUUCAAAAGGAAACUGAGCAGGUUCCAUCCUACAUUUUGAUGGGUAUUCCACAUGGAACUCAAUCCCCAAAGCAAACAAUGUUGUUGACACCUCUAGGUGAAGCUUGCUCAAGAUUGGAUCUUACAGCAAUACAUCAAAUUCUAGAAAAGGUGGGAUACAAGGAUGACGAGGGAAUUGCAAAUGAGCUUUCCUUCCAAAUGUGGACAGAUCAGAUACAGGAAACGCUGAAUUGUAAGAAACAUGGUGAUGCUGCUUUUCGAACUAAAGAUUUUAACACUGCCAUCGAUUGUUAUACUCAAUUUAUUGAUGGCGGGACCAUGGUAUCUCCAACUGUAUUUGCUAGACGCAGUUUGUGCUACUUAAUAAGUGACAUGCCACAACAAGCUCUUGGAGAUACUAUGCAAGCUCAAGCACUUUCUCCCGAGUGGCCCACUGCCUUCUAUCUUCAAGCUGCUACCCUCUUUAGCCUUGGGAUGGACAGUGAUGCACAAGAAACUCUAAAAGAUGGCACAUAUUUGGAAGCCAAAAAUCAUUGAAACUGAAAGCGUAUAGCCUUUUUUUUUUUAAAAAAAAUUAUAUACUCAUAUUCAUAUCUAUUUGUUUCUUUUGCAUUUUAAUUUCUGCAGCACCACAAGUUUAACUGUAUUAUUUAUAUGCUUGGUGUAUGUCAUAAUCAUUUUGAUCUAAACUUUAAACAAGCCUCUUGCUUCUUGGC